GGGGUUUCCUGUGGCAGAAGGGAGAGCUCCGCGUGCCGGCUGCUCCUGCCAGCUUCCCCGGCCGGCUGGUGGAGCAGCUCUUCCCCCUCGCCGCUGCUGAGUUGCUGUCCCAGCAGCUGUUGGAGGUGGAGGUGCUGAGCUGAGGCCUGUUCUCGAGGGCUACAAAUUGCCGAGGUGACGGAGAAUAAUUUGUUUUACUUGGAUCCUCCUUCAGUGAAGGGCCUAAGAAGUAUUUAUUCUCCGAUGUGUCAUCAGUGCUAUCUGUUGAGGGAAUCGUGGCAUCCGCUGAACCUUAAGUAUUUUCUGUCAUGCGCAAGCCAGCUACGAGUAUCGCUGACCUGGAGCUGGUUCUGUUGCUUUCCAAAUACUUGGUGCCUGGUCCUUAACCAUCUGGCACAGGGAACAUGAUGGCUGCACUACAGGCGGCUCUGAAGAACCCUCCCAUCAACACAAAGAACCAGGCAGCAAAGGAUCGUGCAGAAAGUAUUGUCCUGAAGGUCCUCAUCUCUUUCAAAGCCAACGAUAUUGAGAAGGCGGUGCAGUCGCUGGACAAGAACGGUGUCGACCUGCUAAUGAAGUACAUCUACAAAGGCUUUGAGAGCCCCUCUGAUAACAGCAGCGCUGUGCUGCUGCAGUGGCACGAGAAGGCCCUGGCUGCUGGAGGAGUAGGGUCCAUUGUCCGUGUCUUGACUGCCAGGAAAACGGUUUAAAUCCAGCAGCGAGUGGUUGUCUGCCAUCCACGGCGUGGGAAAUGCUGGUACAAAACCCAAACAACCAAAUGCCAUUGCUGCCCUGUGGGCAGCACCUGUCUCUCAGCUUGCCUUCUCGCUGCUUCUUUCAUACCUGACAAAUAAUGCAUAUCAUGAUCUCUUUUUUUUGUUAAAUUCUGGAAAAUUAUGAAGGUGCAAUUUUAUUUCUAACAGGAAUAUUUGGUACUUGCGAACAUUUCAGUGACACGUAUAGGGACAUAUAGAACUUCAUGUUUAGGAUGAUUUGGAUUUGUGUAUAAUUAUGGCAGAUCUGGACCUGACUUUCCGAGCAAAUGCUGAGGGACGUAGGGCAAUGUCUUAAUUCUUUCGCUAGCCAAGUAGUGUUCUGAUGCAAGAUCUGUAUUUGAGAAGUGAGGCAGCUAUUAAUAUAGGUAACUGGACCAUGUUUACUUUGGUCAGCCUCUGAACCUAGAGCCGUGAAUAGGACAGAAAGCAAAGGCUCCCUUCUGACCCUGAUUAUCAUUCCAGAGAGCUGAGUAUUUUCCUUAACCUCACAUCUCGUGGCCUGUUCAGGUUCCUUGUGAUCAGUCAAAUGCUGGGUCCACAGCAGGAAAGUCACAACAGGAUGAAGUUGUCCAUCGUGCAGUUUGGAUGGUAGAAUUUAACAGAUUGGUGGUCCAUUUAUGCUGGAGCCCAGCCCAGUGAACUCUUUUAAUUUGGGGGAGCAAAGAUCCUGAAGAGAAUUAAAACAAGCAGCUUUCACACACCAAAUCACCUUUCAGCAACUUGAAAGUGAUGUGAUUUUGUCAAGCACAACAAAGUGGCUGCCUGGGGUAAUCUCAGAAAUGCAUACUGGUAUCCACGCCAUCCUUGCACAGCUCCCGUGUUUUGUUUUCAAGAUCUGUGGGGUUGUGAAGGAUACCAGACCUUUUGCAUUCCUGUUGGAUUGUGCCACAGUGUGAUAGCUAGUGGGCGAAUCAGGUUCCAAAAUUAAGAGGAGUACUUUAAAAAUAAUUAGGAAAGCCCAGGGUAUCCCAGACCACAGAUCACCAUUGAAGGUUUAGGGCCAGACUGAAAUACAUGUGUUUUACAUUCACCAUUUUACUGCAGUUCAGUUGUGUGAAACUGUUGGGGAACUUGUGAAAUCUUUGCUGUUUUUUGAUAUCUGCUUUUUUUGUAAUUUAAUAAAGAUCAGACAAUAAA